GGCUGAGCUCCGGGCCGAGCGCCGGGCGGGCUGAGCGGGCCGAGCGCCGGGCGGGGAUGCUCGCUGCGCCGCGCUGCCAUGUCGCGGGUGAGCGGCCCCGGGCCGGCGGGCAGCGCCAAGGAGAAGCGCUCCUUCAGCAAGCGGCUUUUCCGCGGGAGGGCGGCGGGCGGCGGCGCCGGCUCGGCCCCGGCCGCCGCCCCGGCCCCGGCGCCGUCCGGGCGGUCGCUCGGCGGGUUCAUGAGCCGCGUGCUGAAGACCCUGUCCACGCUCUCGCACUACAGCAGCGAGCCCGAGCCCCGCGCCGGGCUCGCCCCGCGCCUGCCCCCGCCGCAGGCCACCGGCGGCCUGGGCAGCUGCUUCCCGCCGGGCCCGCCGCGCAGCCCCGAGCCCCCGCCGCGCCCCGCCGGCAGCGCCGAGGCCGUGCCCGGCGUGGCGGGGCUGCGCAACCACGGCAACACCUGCUUCAUGAACGCCAUCCUGCAGUGCCUCAGCAACACCGAGCUGUUCGCCGAGUUCCUGGCGCUGGAGCAGUUCCGCGGCGGGCCGCCCCCCGCCGACGGGCCGCCGCCCGCGCCCGGCGAGGUCACGGAGCAGCUGGCGCAGCUGGUGCGGGCGCUCUGGACGCUCGAGUACACCCCGCAGCACAGCCGCGACUUCAAGAACAUUGUGUCCAAGAACGCGAUGCAGUACCGUGGCAACGCCCAGCACGAUGCCCAGGAGUUCCUGCUUUGGCUGCUUGACAGAGUCCACGAGGAUUUGAACAACGUGGUGAAUUCCGGUGGCAUGCCUCCACUCAAGCCGCCACUGGAGGAUGAUGUGCUGCUUGAGGGCCCAGCCUUUCCCAUCAGUAGCACUUUUGUGCAGGAACUCUUUCAAGCCCAGUACAGGUCCUCCCUGACGUGCCCUCACUGCCAGAAGCAGAGCAACACCUUUGACCCCUUCCUGUGCAUCUCGCUGCCGAUCCCUCUGCCGCACACUCGGCCACUCUACGUCACCGUGGUGUACCAGGGCAAGUGCUCCCACUGCAUGCGCAUCGGGGUGGCCGUGCCCAUCUCCGGAACAGUGGCCAGGCUGCGGGAGGCUGUCUCCUCGGAAACCAAGAUACCCACGGAGCAGAUCGUGCUGACAGAGAUGUACUACGAUGGGUUCCAUCGCUCCUUCUGCGACACGGAUGACUUGGACACCAUCCACGAGAGUGACUGCAUUUUUGCCUUUGAGACCCCAGAGAUCUUCAGGCCUGAGGGCAUCCUCAGUCAGAGAGGAAUACAUGUGAACAAUAACCUGAAUAACUUGAAAUGUGGCACUGAGCACUCCCGAACAAUAGCUUACUCUCAAGGAACGGUGAAGUCUGGAAAACUGGAGCAGUCCUGUCCUAAACUAGCAGCAAAUGACAAGAUUGUCUUGCUGGUGUGUAACAGAGCGUGCACUGGACAGCAGAGCAAAAGGUUUGGCUUGCCCUUUGUGUUGCACUUGGAAAAAACAAUUGCUUGGGAUAUUCUGCAGAAGGAAAUACUGGAGAAGAUGCAGUAUUUCCUGCGGCCUGCAGCCUGCUUGCAGGUUUGCCCAUUCAGCUUGCGAGUGGUCAGUGUUGUGGGCAUAACAUACUUGCUACCUCAGGAGGAGCGACCCCUCUGCCACCCAACCGUGGAAAGGGCAUUGAAGUCAUGCGGACAGGGGGGAACUGCUCAUGUGAAAUUAGUGGUAGAAUGGGACAAAGAAACUAAAGAUUACUUGUUUGUGAAUACAGAAGAGGAAUAUAUUCCAGACUCUGAAAGCGUCCGCCAGCAGAGAGAGCUUCAUCAUCAACCUCAGAUCUGCACUUUAUCUCAGUGUUUCCAACUGUACACCAAAGAGGAACAGCUUGCCCCAGAUGAUGCAUGGCGAUGCCCACACUGUAAGCAGCUGCAGCAGGGUAGCAUCACACUGAGCCUCUGGACCUUACCUGAUGUUCUCAUCAUACAUCUCAAAAGGUUUAGGCAGGAAGGAGACCGAAGGAUGAAACUUCAGAACAUGGUUAAAUUUCCCUUGAGUGGUUUGGAUAUGACUCCUCACGUUGUGAAACGCAGCCAGAGCAGCUGGAGCUUGCCAUCGCACUGGUCACCUUGGAGGAAACCUUACGGCCUCGGCAGAGAUCCUGAGGACUACAUUUAUGACCUGUACGCUGUCUGCAACCACCAUGGCACCAUGCAAGGCGGACAUUAUACAGCAUAUUGCAAGAAUUCUGUUGAUGGCCAGUGGUACUGCUUCGAUGACAGUGAAGUUCAGCAACUUUCUGAGAGUGAAGUCUGCAAGCAGACCGCUUAUAUCUUGUUCUACCAGCGACGCACAGCGAUCCCCUCGUGGUCUGCCAACAGUUCCGUGGCAGGCUCCACGAGCUCGUCGCUGUGCGAGCACUGGGUCAGCCGGCUCCCGGGCAGCAAGCAGCCCAGCGUCGCCUCGGCCGCCUCCUCGCGCCGCACCUCGCUGGCCUCGCUCUCGGAGUCCGUGGAGCUGACCGGGGAACGCAGCGAAGAUGACGGAGGAUUUUCAACUCGACCGUUUGUAAGGAGUGUCCAGCGUCAGAGUUUGUCAUCCAGAUCCUCUGUCACCAGCCCACUGGCAGUGAGUGAAAAUGGUGUCAGGCCCUUGUGGUCACUCUCUGCAAAACUGCAGUUCCGCUCCAACUCCCCAUCACGCUUCUCUGGAGAUUCCCCAGUACAUACCUCUGCUUCCACUCUGGAGAAGAUUGGGGAAGCUGCUGAUGAUAAAGUUUCCACCUCGUGCUUUGGCAGCCUGAGGAAUCUCUCUAGCAGCUACUUGGAGCCCUGUGACAGCAGUCGGCGAGAGCACAGGACAGCUCGCAGAGCCCCUCUGGCUGUAAUGGAAGGGGCGUUCAGGGAGGAGUCCGUUGUAAGGACAUCUAGCUCAGACCUUUCAGAUGGGUAUGGUAAAAGCUCUGUGCAGCCAGACAGGAAUCACCCUGCUCUGGACCCUUUUGAUAACAACAAUCAAAUCGCCUUUGUUGACCAGAGUGAUUCUGUGGACAGCUCCCCAGUGAAGGAGGCGAAAGCCUCAGCUGGGACAGGGCUGGCUGCGGAGAAGGUACAUGACACCCCUAGGAAGGGUCACGGCUCCAAAGGAGCUUCUGAGCCAGACAAAAGUCUGAGGAAGGGAAGGACAGUCUUAGCUACCCAAGAGACCAAAGUCUCUCGCUCUUCUCCUCCACUGAAGAGUUCCCAGAAAGCUUCUCGGUCUAGAAGUAAGACAGACUCCUCUAGGGUCAGCGGGCGACACGGGUCUCCUGCUCCCACGCAAGCUAGGAAGGACCACAGCACAAAGCCCCUGGAGGCAUCUGUCCCUUCAGCUGCACAGAAGCAGAAGUCAGGUUCUUCUCCAUCCUCCACGGCUGCCAAGAAAACCCCAUCAGGCCCAUUGACUAAGGGCUCUUCCUCGGGGAAGAGCCGGACUUGCGAGCGCAGCCUCAGCCGGGAGGGCUCCAAGGUCAGUCUGGGGUCGGACAAGACGAGCGUUACCAGCAGCUCCAGGACGAGCUCCCCGCGGAUCAGCCACUCCCGGAGCGACAGCAGGCCGGCGGACAGCAGGCACGUGCGCAGCUCCUCCAUGGCCAACCUGCGCUCCCCAAACGCUGCGGCGCGCUCCGGCUUGAAGAGGGACAGCAAGUCGGAAGAGAAGGGUUUGUCUUUCUUUAAAUCGGCCUUAAGGCAGAAGGAGACGCGGAGGUCGGCAGACCUGGGCAAGACAACAAUGCUUUCAAAAAAGACAGGGAGUGUUAGUUCCAAGUCAGGCAGUAAAAAUGUGCUGGAGGACAAACCAGAGAAAGGUGGUGCCCCACCAGCCUCUCAAACCAAUGCCAACAUCACUACAAAAGAAAAACUUGUCUCAAAAGAUGCCACAUCUAACAAACAUUCUCUGUUAUCCAGUCGCAAGUCCAAGUCUUCCCAGCUAGAUCCUGGAGUCCAGUCUCCUCCUUCCAGUGGCAAGCAGUCUGCUGACAAGCCGCUGAAAAAAUUACCUUCCAGCAUGCAGGUGUCUGUACGGCCUUCUCUGGAACCUCAGUGAAAUGCUGCAAUCCAGGUGUCUUUUCUUCUGCUGAGAAGCUAAUUUAUUCUGAGCUCUUGUUUUUUGUUCAUGUGCCUAAUGUAUGUUUUGAGGAGAAGUUAACUGCAAGUUGUUAAAGCGCCUUUGAUUCUGCCAUCAAACCAAAUAGCCACAGGCAGCCAGCACUGGUGCAAGUAGCCUAGCUGGAGUCAUUGUUGAACACGAAUGCAGCUGUCCCAUAGCACUUGUACAGUCUCUGUUGAAAGUGCAACAACUUUCUUCAGAUUUGAGGGUUGGGACCUGACCCCCAGUUGUACUGACACUGGUGUGCUUUGUUGAGCUGUGAACUGAUAUUCCUUUGGUCUUGUUCUGAGUGGGCUGUGUCCACACUGGUGUAUGGCCUUGUUCUGAGCUGUGGAGGAUGCGAAGGAAACUGGAGAGACUGUCGCUUCUUUCUGCUCUCAACUCUCUGUCCCUGCUCCCCUCCAUUUCCAAGCUUUCUAAAGGGCAAUAUUUCAACACUAAUGUUGUUUCUCAGGUAUAUACUCAGCCAGUAUAGGAGGGACUAGCAUUAGUGACGGACAGAAAGGUACCUGUGUGUCUCUAUGCACGUCUGUGUAAUAGAUUUCAUUUUUGCAUUCCAACAGCAGGAAGUUUGAAAUGUAACCUGCAGUUUUUGUUGCUGCGUCUGUGAAGAGUUUUGCUUUGUCCAUACCUAAGGCAACCUCUAGUCUGUCCUGUUUCACUACUUUCUUCUGAAAUGCUCUACUAAACAACAGAAGAAAUCCCUGGGCAGCAGCUGCUGGCCUGCUUGUCCUGUGGAAGCAGUGCCAUGGGAGAGUUCUGUCCACACACCUGGAUGGCCAUGAUGCUAUCAGGAUGCCCCUGUUCAAAUGCCUGGGAAGCAUUUCCCAAUGUGCUCAGACCCUUAUCACAGUGGUGUAAUUAAGCCUCCAUUAUCUCUAGGGGUGAUGUUUAGAUCGAGUGUCAUCCUGCCUUUUCUGAGCAUGCUUUGACAGGCCCCUUUGUGUGCGUUGGAGGGGCAGUUUUUCUGUUUGAGAGUGCUGUACAUUCUUCCCUCUGGCAUGCUUGUCCCCUCCCCAUGGGUCUGGCUGCCACAUGUCCCUCAGUGGAAGGUUCCCCUUCUUGUUUGGAGGACAACCUCCAUUAGGGUCAAAACACUACAUCUACUGAUGUCUUUGUUUACAUGCCCUUCUUACAGGGGAGAUUCCUCAAGUUCUGUAAGGUUCCUCUUAAGGUGGAUUUCUUAAGUCCUUUUACAUGUAUGUGGUGUAAUCCUUUUUUUAAAUUCCAUGAGAUUUUAUUGAUGUGCUGCAUAUUCUUUAUGUGCACAGCCUGUCGUGUAGGUUGUGGCAAACUGGGCAAUGUGCUGGGCACGCUCUUUGCUGAGUGAGGUCUGUGCCUGUCCAGUGGCAGGGCUUUUCUGGGCAUGGCUUGGGGCCAGGCACAUGUGUGCUCUGUCCCAUCAGCAUAACAAACUGGCCUCUGCCACCUCCCUUGCUGAGGGCCUGUUUGCCCUGCAGGACACCUUGCUGCUCUAUGAUCAGUUUUCUGCUCACCACACACCUGCAGCAGACUUGGGAGGGAAGGGCUGGGGGUAGCUGGCUCCUCAUGUGUGUGGGGCUGAACUGGGAGUGCCAUGGAGCUGGGUCAGUGUGUGGGGAUGAGCCCACCUGCCAUGGAACCCUUGCAGCGUCCUGGUGGUGUCCUGCUGCAUCCCCGUGACGUGCUCCAACGUGCCCACAGCCUGCAGGUGUAGUGCCCUGAGUGUUCAACCCAAACAUAUCCCCUCAGUGCAUUCCUUCGCUCAGGCAUUGUUUCAGUCUCAUUUAUUGCAGCAACAAGAAGCAAAGAUUGCAGUGCUUGCUUCUGAAAUGUAUGACUUGGAUUAUUCUUGGAUUAUUUUCUGUUAUAUCCAGCAGAGCAGAUAAGACUUGCUUCACAUUGCAGUACUGAAAUUACUCCCUGAGAUGUUGAUGUUGAAGUAUUUGUUUAAGGUUUUAUCUGUAUUAAGGUCUUGCACUGUCUUGGCUCUUCUCUUGUAACAACUCUUCUAGCAAGAAUGUAAUUCCGGUGGCUUACACUGACUCGGGUUGGGAUCUUUUAAUAGACAGAACUACUUUCUGUGCGUUUUGCCAUGGACAUUUGUGAAAGGUUAUUUUUAUCAAAUGACUUUUUUUUUUUUUUUCAUGUCAUCCUUCACAGAAGGAGUUUAAACUGGAAGCUGGUCUGUGGGUUUUGAGGUGGUUUUGCUCCUGUGCUGCAUUCCUGACUGAAGGGAAUUUGAAGCCAUGUCCAAACCCAUGUUUUAGCUGAACACCAGUUCAGUGUUUGUAUCUGUAGCAAGACAAUGGUCUUCGGAGCUCUCCUUUGGGUAGAAGGGAGAUAGAGGUCCUGGUAUUCCAGCAGCUGAUAAAAGUACCUAAACCUCUGCAGUCCCAUGAGAUGCCAAUCUCACUCUCCUGCUGCACAUUCUCCAUAAUUCCUGAUGCUGAUUGCUGCCAGCUCCAGCACUAUCUGCUCUCUUUAUGCAGCCAAACUGGAUUUCUCUGUCCCUCAGGAGCAACAGCUCUGUGCACAGGCUCCUUGCUCUGCGGAGGAGAGUGAGUAGGCAGGAGGGGCUGCACUGGCAGUACCCCCAUCUCUGAGCAGGUGGGGUGUGCUCCUCUCUGGUGGCUUUUCUGCUCGGGAGGACUUGGCUUGGGAUGUCCUCAGGGAAAAUGGUUUGACUUACCAGGGUGCACCAGAGUUUGUGCGGGACAUAAGACACACUUGAAGCGUGUGCAUGAGCCUGUGGGAGUGGGGUCCCUGCUCCGUGCCUGUGCCAGGGCCCUUGGGAACAGCUGCUCUGUCACUCCACAUCUCUGCUGCUGGUGUCACACAUCUUGUGUGACACUCAGUGGUGGUGUCACACACCACGCAGUAGUAAAUGAACUUCCUUGCACAGGCAAGGGUUGAAGGGUGUGGGUGUGGGAAACACCGUUCGCUGGGAGUGUUAAUCAAAGCCUUGUUGCUGUUACAGUCAUGACUCCAUCAAUGAAGUAGGAUAAAUGUUUCUGAAAUGGAAUGUAGGUUAUUACAGGCCCUACUUAAAGGGAUUUGGGGAAGAAUCAUCAGUCUUCUCUCCUUGCUAUAAAGCAGACUUCUCUCUUGUCCCUUUCCUGUGUAGGAGCUCCUGUCCGUGGUAUUGUGUUGUCCAGCUGCCAGGAUGUGGCAUGGUACCAGGGAACACUCCAGAGAGGGAUCUGCCAAGUCCUAGAUGCCAACACCACCGUGGCUUUGCAUAUGGAUCCUUCAAGCAGCAAUGGCUUGAGGCUGUUCUGGAGCAGCUGCAUGUACAUGGCCAUGUCUUAAAGUUCCCGUUGGCCAUCAGAAGCACUCAUGGCUGUGGGGGAGGUGGGCUCUGCCAUCUCCCAGAGGCUGCUGCUGCCCAGGGACCUCUGCCUCCCCUGGGUGGUGGCAUGUAGGGCCUGGAAGUCUCAUGGGCAUCUGAGUGCGAUGGGAGCAGCUGCUGCCAGGUCUGUCCUGCCCAGCCUGGUGGGGCAUGGCAGGGUCUGGCACCUUCCUGCCAAGGUCUUGGAGGCUAAGGCAUGCCUCGUGGUGAUGGGAAAUGCCUGGGAAGGGGGAGGCCCAGCAGAGUCCCUGCUCCCAGACAGGGGAGCUCCAAGGCAAAGCAGGCAUUCAGGCAGUGUUUCCAGUCAGCUGCGGGUUGGAGUCGCCUGUGCCAGCGUGUGACUUGCAUUUCACCCCACGUCCCUAGUCUGCCACUUGCUCCUGGAACUGGCCCUCUGGGUGCAGGAGGGCAGCGCCUUUGUUCCAGUGCUCAAUUCCCACAGGAGUCACCUAGAGACUUUUUUUUUACCCUUUUUGGGCUGUGUCUUUUGGACAGUGUUCAGUAGUAUUCAAGUUAUAAGCACAUUUUCAAUGACGUGUAUUGAAGAGGCACCUUUUAUUUGUAUUAAUCACAUUUGAUAGACAAUUUGGUGCCUGCAGUUCUCUGUAACUUGUGUCUCACUUUGGGUGUGUAAAUUGUUAACCCUUUCACACUUAUCAAAUAUGAAUUAAUAAAAACAAGAUGCUUAGGAUAGAAAGCUAGCAGCUUAAUUGCACUUCUCGCACUGCAAGUGCCCUCAUCCGCCGUCGCUGCAGGGGUUUUGCUUUCUGAAGCUGAAACUUGAGCAUGCCCAACCAUGUUCCUCGGUGGGAUGCAGCUUGCAUGGCCGUGCUGUCCCCGAUGCAUGUCCCUACUAACUAUGCAAGCCUCUAGCCCAGCCGUGGCCGUGCUUGGAGGCUGAGCUGUGCCUCGAGGUGCAGCUGCUGCUGGCACGCAGGAGCAUGUCCCUGGCUCCCUGCUUCCUUUGCACAUCUUUGACUCUUUCCUUUGCAGGACUCUGCGUUACUGACCGGGCUGGAGCGUAACGUAAGGUUAGAGGGAUUGGAGCAGGGAAAUAAGAACAAGCUGGUUUCUAUUUUGUGUUGUUUUUAUUUUGUUAGCAGGGCAGCCUGCUUGGGGCUCUGUGUGUGGCUCUGUGUGUGGCUGCGUGCACGCGAGGGGCUGUGAGGAGGGGCGGGGGGCACACAGCUGCUGUGAGUGUCCGUGCGAGGGGCGCGGGUCCCUGCUGGCCUCUGCUGCCCACCCUGCUGCUGGGGCUUGGUCUGCCCUCCUGGGAGCCCCUGCUGCCUGUCCGUGCUCCAGAGCUGCUGCGCUGGGGCCGUGCCCGCUUGGACAGCGGUGCCCGGGGCGGCCGUGUGUGCUGCAUGGCCAGGGCAGCUGGCCUGGGCUUCCUGCAGUCCCAGGCCUCCUCCUGCUCCUUGCCCUGCAGCUUUGCUACCCUCCCCUGGGUCAGCUGGCGUGGACAGGGUGUGGAAACAACAUUCCAAAUAAUUUCACUCUUGGGUGUUGUUUGUUUUGUUUUUUUUUUUAAUUUUAGUUCGGUUGGAUUUUUUAAAAUCUUUGUUAUUUGCCUACUAAUCCAAAAGAAUUUGGCAGUAUCUAAUGAUACCUGUGGAGGGAACUGAAAUUUAGUUUUAAUCUGUGGUGAGAUGAAAGUCCUACGUGGUUUUCUCAACAAAAGCAUCCUAAAGCAGUUACUGUUAAGAGCUUUAUUUUGUAAAAGAAAAGCACCUGAAGGCUUGUACAAUGUCUGUGUUAGAUCUAAAGGCUUAGGAACUCUACUUUUUAAAAGAUGAUAGCACUCAAUUUAUCUGCAAAUAGUGUUUUUUUAAAAGACACAGAUUAAAACUAAGCGUAACCACCAGUCGUGGCUCACCGGGCCCUGCAGCGCCGGCCGCAGGCUCGUGUGCCCUUUGUGAGUGCAAUAACCCCCUGGGAGGUGCUGCACUGCCUUGGUAGGGUAACACCCGGGAAUCCCGGCCACCAGUGGCUCCGUUAUCGUCCUGUGGCCUUCCAAGUAUGAGUUUGUACAGAUUCGCUCACCACCUGUGCCUCACCAUUGGUUAAAAUUGAAUUUUAAGUCCUGUUGCAAAUGCAAUUUCUCUUCUGGACACAAUGUCAGAUUUUACACUGGAAUAUCUACAGUUCUCAAACUGCAUGUCACAUCACUGUACCUGGUACAGGGACGUGGGGCUUUCCCACACCUUUGAUAUUCUCUUCUGUAUUUUAAUGUUUUUGACCUGUACAGUAAUUGGAAAGCAGGCUGUCUACUUGGGGUUGAACAUUGUACCAUAAAUUUUAAAUUAUUUGAGGACAACUGCAUGAGACUGUGUCAAUGCCUUUUAUUAUUUAUUUGUAUGUUUUAUUAUUCGAGGUGUAUGCACUUUUAAUAUGCAGAAUUUAUAUUUUUAUGUUACAAAUCAUUUUCUUUCAGAAAGAAGAGUUUGAAUAUGAGGAAUUGGAAUUAAGUGCAAAAAGGGGAAUAUGUAAUAAAAUACAAUAAAUUUAUUACUAGGCA